AACGCACAAUCUGUCCUUUUUUCAUCUUGAACCCACUCUCCACCCAUAAGUACGACUUUCCUUUCAACAAGAGAUACCUGUCUUGUCCAAGAAGCAAAACCAUAGCGAUUGAACCAAAAGCACAAAACACAACAUCAUCAAAAAACACACGCUUUCCAUUUUGUUUUUAAAAGCCAUAGUAGAUUCAGAUUAUAUACAAAGACGUUAUAAAACCCGAAUACUGCACCAUAAAUAUGAUGUUUAGUGGUGGAGGGGAAGGAGACGGGCUAGGGCGGAUAAAUAUGAUGCCAACGGCGGCGAUGCUAAGUCCAACGGCGGAGAUCUCGCCGAGGGGUCCACCUCAACAACAACCACAGUGGGGACAACAAGAAACGAAGGAGUUUAUUGGGAUUAGAGCGGAGUUGGAGAAGGAUUUUACUGUGACGAAGAGGAACAAAACUUUAUGGGAGAUAGUCAGUGCUAAAAUGAGAGAGAAGGGUUACCGAAGGACACCCGAACAGUGUAAGUGCAAGUGGAAAAACCUCGUCAAUCGCUACAAGGGAAAGGAGACAUCUGAUCCUGAGACUGGCCGACAAUGCCCGUUCUUUGAGGAACUGCAUGCAGUGUUCACUGAAAGAGCUAAGAACAUGCAGCGACUGCUUCUUGAAUCUGAGGCAGGUUCUACUCAGUCAAGGAAAAAGAUGAAAAGAACUAGUGGAGAUAGAUCGUCGGAUGAAUUCUCAGAAGAAGAAGAUGAGGAUGAAGAUGAUAGUGAGGAGGAGAAGCCAGUCAGAAGCAAUUCUAGGAAGAGGAAGGUUGAAAAAAUUAUAGCGGAGAAGUCUCCAAGAGCAAGCAGUAGUACUGUUGGUGGCAUUCAAGAAAUGCUCAAGGAGUUCUUGCAGCAGCAACAGAAGAUGGAGAUGCAGUGGAGAGAGAUGAUGGAAAGGCGUUCUCAUGAGCGGCAGAUGUUUGAGCAGGAAUGGCGACAGUCAAUGGAGAAGCUCGAGAGGGAGAGAUUAAUGAUUGAGCAGGCGUGGAGGGAGAGAGAAGAACAGAGGAGGAUAAGAGAAGAGAGCAGGGCUGAGCGUAGAGAUGCCCUGCUGACAACCCUUUUGAACAAACUCAUCCGUGAAAAUAAUGUAUAAAACUAGCGGGUCAAGAAAUUUCUCAGAUUGAUCUUUCGUUUGCUUUUAAAUUGUAUGGUUUGAUUAGGAUAGUCAAGAAAAGAAGUUUGCAUUGUGGGUGACGAAUAGCAAUAGGAAAACCUGUAUUGAGAUGAGGAGGGAGAAGAAAAAACGUAUGAACAGUAAACGUACAGACAGUUGCCUUUUGUUUUGGUAUAAUACCAAAGGAACUCUUUUUGCUAAGUUGGACAUCAGCGGAUGAUGGGAGAACUUCUCUUGGUGUAUCAACGUGGGGAAAUCUAUACAUGUAUUAAUUCAUGACUGUAUCUCCUGGAGAGAAAUGCUUUAAGGAAACAUUUUUCUUCUGUGGAGAAGAUAGAACUGAAAAUGAUUGGAGCAUUAAAUACAAGAUAUUUUUUUUCAUCUCA